AUGCUCAUGGGGCUUUAUACACCGGAACUGCCUCGUGAAAAGCAACUUUUGUCCUUGGAUAUUCUUUCCGAAGCUGGGCUGCCUGUUGUAUCUUUUUCUCACACACGCAGCAACAUCAGGAUGUCGACAUCAAACGGAAUCCUCGAUUCACUCGUUGCUUUCCGCUACGGGAGUCUGCCCACUUUAGACAGUCGUGUUCUGGCCAGACUGGCUGUGACUGUGCUUGUUGCUCCCAUUGUCACUUUGCUUCUUUGGUUCACAUUUUCAUGGGCUGCAUCUCCAUUGCGUGGGUAUCCAGGCCCCUUCCUCGCCGGAUACACAAACCUCUGGCGUCUUUACCAUGUGAGAACCGGCAAGUAUGAGUUGACCAUGAAGAGGCUUCACGACAAGUAUGGACCAGUGGUGCGCAUUGGUCCCAACUUACUGGAUCUCGAUUACCCCGAGUUAUCCAAAGUGUUGUAUGGCACUGAUGGAAAAUGGCGCAAGGUUUGUGUUCCUACCUACAACGAGGUUAUGCCGUCAAUUUUACUAACAUCGAAACUUCUCAGACCGAGUUCUACCACAACAACAGUGCCCUCGUCAAUGGAAAAAUUACCUACCGUUUGUUGCCUUCAAUGCCUGGACGUCCUGGGAGUUGUGGUUGACAACACAAUAGAUAUGUUCAGCACCACCGAUCAGACUGAGCACGCUCAAAUGAAGCGUCCGAUUGUCAAGCAUUACUCUCUCGGCAGUGUACUGGCCCUCGAGUCACACAUGGACAACGUUCUCGGAGAGCUCAUGCAACAGCUCGACAAUCGUUUUGCCAAAGGCGGUCAGGGGACCUGUGAUUUGGGAGAAUGGGUUGCAUUCUAUGCCUGGGACCUCAUCACCUCGGUCACCUUCUCCAAAUCCUUCGGCUACAUGACCCAAGGUCACGACUUUGACAGCUCCAUCGCCACAGCCGACAAAUCCCUCGACUACUUCGCCUCCGUCGGCCAGAUCCCUUGGCUGGACUUCCUCCUCGACAAGAACCCCAUCCUCCGCAUCGGUCCCCCCAACCUCAGCAACGUCACCAACAUCGCCAUGACCUCUCUCAUCGCCCGCAUGCAAGGUCAAGACAAGAACUUCAACCCCAAGGUCCCCGACUACCUCCAACACUUUAUCGAUUCCAAGAAUACCCAUCCCGACACCGUCCACGACGGCAUGGUGUUUGGGUAUUUGCUCGUCAACCUCAUCGCGGGAGCAGACACGACAGCCAUCACUAUCCGAGCCAUCUUUUACUACGUCUUGAAGAACCCAGCCGUCUACGCCCGUCUGGUAGGGGAGAUUCGUUCAGCGGGGAUUGAAAACUCCAACGCCUUUCCUUACUCUCAAGCUCGCCAGCUGCCCUACCUCGAGGCUGUGGUCAGGGAGGCGCUCCGUGUUCAUCCUGCUGUGGCUAUGCCGCUUGAGCGUUAUGUCCCUGCUGAGGGGUUCACCCUUCCCAACGGCGACUUUGUUCCUGGCGGGGUGGCCGUUGGUAUCAAUCCUUAUAUUGGCAACAGGAACAAGACUGUUUGGGGUUCUGAUGCGGACGAGUUUAGGCCUGAGAGGUGGUUGCGGGAUGUCAAAGGUGGGGAGACCGAUGAGGAGUAUAAAAAGAGAAUGCAAAAGUGGAAUGCCUGUGACUUGAGCUUUGGGGCUGGGUCGAGGAUUUGUUUGGGGAGGAACUUGGCGUUGGUGGAAACGUAUAAGCUUGUGGCCACGGUUCUGAAUAGGUAUGAGGUUACGCUGGCGGAUCGGGAGAGGGAGUGGGAGACGGUGAAUAGUUGGUUUUGGAGGCAGAAGGGGGUGGAGGUUAGACUCAGGGGUAGGGUUUAG